AAAUGGUUUCGAUUCUUUAAAAAAAUCAGUCGCAGAAUAGCUUCAAUGGAGUGCAGUUCAAAAAUGAAGUUGAUUGUGAUUUUGAUCAUUUUUGUUGAUCUCACACUUGCACAUUAUCCAAUAAGAGGAUGUGGAGCAAGAUUACUUCCCAGAAAUUUUAAGCAAUGUCACUCCAGACGGGAUUCAAUCAACUGCAUACCAUUUCCACAGUUAAUUAAUUUAAAUUGGGAUACCGCUCAAUUCGGUCUACGCGUUUUAAUCGGUCAGUUAAUAUGUAAUUUCCUUCCGAAAGAAAACGAAUUACCCUCACAAGUUUAUUUCAUUGUCUAUCAAAAGAAAAAACUUGCCCGUGUGGUGGUUGCAAGCAAAAUGUUAAAGAAUCCACAUAAAUAUGUACGGAGGUCAGCACGGUGCAUUCGAUUUUUAAUUGGAGGAUGGGCAACAGAUUGUACAAUCGAUCCCAAUGAUGUGCCUAAAGAGUAUAAUUGGCUAACGUACUCAGCAGAGAGUUUAAAUUGUCGUACCGAUUGCAUUGUGAUUAUUGUUUACUGGGGCAAAAUUAGCGGAAAUGAUUACGCUUGCCUGGCUGGAUUUAUGCUUAAGCCAUUGGGCGAGUUAAUUGGAAGGGUUAUAAUGAAACUCGGGGAUCCAUCCAUAGUUAGUUUAUCGGGACAUAGUCUUGGCGCGCAUAUCGGUGGAUUCGCAUGCAGACAUGUCAUUCGAAUGGGUGGUCGUGUCAAAGAAAUGGCAGCUUAUGAUGCGGCUGGUCCGUUAAUCCAAGACAAUGAGUGUUUAUGGCAAGUUGGGUUGUUCGAAUGUGGUAUGGGCAAAGAAUUGGCCAAAAGAACCAUCUCAAUCAACACCAAUCCGCGUGAAUUGGGAACGGGAAACAUGAAUUUGGCUCAAGUCAACAUCCUCUGCAAUCCACCCAUCUACAAUCAGCCUGGACUCACAUUGACCGAUCCGCUGUACAAUCAUUUUUUCGCUGGAAUGUUGUGCGCAGCAAUGAGUGCCGGCACAAAAUGCUACGCCACUGAUUACCCCGGCAUAAAUUUGAACCAUUACGACAAUUGUGAAAUUCCACCUGGAACUUAUAAAUUAUACACAGAUAAAUGCUUUCCAUUUUGUUGUUAUGAAGAGUCCACGUGCUCAUCCCCAUCUUCAUCCACAUCCAGCUCUUCUUCAAGUUAA